UUUCCCCACUCCCUGGUUUAUCACCCACCACCUAGGUUCGUCUUUCCCUUAUUUUUUUUUUUUAUGAGCUACCUGAAAGAAUCCAAAUCUUGACAACGAUCCUGAGAAUAUCUCUGGCUGAACCUCUGGAGCUUGCAGGUUGGAGCUAAACAAUAUGCUAAUGAUCUCCAAGGACUCAGAAUUCCUGUUGCCUAGUGACAAAGUUGCCCAGCCUGCAGAAGAACAGAAUAGCCUGGAACAUUAACAGGAGUUUGCGGCCUAGACUCAGCCACCCAUUUCAUACGUCCGUCUCCUCUAUCCACACACCGGUCACUUAUCGGAGACACCUCACCUUCCGUUUUUAGACAAGCAAAAUGGCCAAAAAAGCCAAGGGCCCCAAGGGGAAAAAAAUCACCCUCAAGACCGCCAAAAACUGCAUCAAAGUGACAUUCGAUGGGAGACGGCGGCUCGACUUGAGCAAGAUGGGCAUCACGACCUUCCCCAAGUGCAUCCUGAAGCUCAGUGACGUGGAGGAGAUCGAUCUCAGCAGGAACCUGAUCAAGAAGAUCCCGGAGGGCAUCUCGAAGUUCCAGAACCUGCGCUGGCUGGACCUGCACAGCAACCUCAUCGACAAGCUUCCGGACACCAUCGGCCAACUCCCUAGCCUGCAUUACCUCAACCUCUGCAACAACAAGCUGACCUCCAACGGGCUGCCCAUGGAGCUGAACCAGCUGAAAAAUCUGCGCACCCUGAACCUCGGCCUUAACCACAUAGACAAUAUCCCCACCACCAUCGGAGCCCUGAAGGAGCUCCAUGAGCUGGGCCUCUUCGAUAACCUCCUGACCACCAUUCCCACCAGCAUCGCCAAGCUCCCCAAGCUCAAGAAGCUGAACGUGAAGCGGAACCCCUUCCCCCAGCCGGAAGACGACGUGACCUUCAUCGACACCAUCAAGCGGCUGGAGUCCUUGUACCUGGUGGACGAGAAGGAUCUGUGCAACCCCUGCUUGAAGAAAUGCCUCGACACCCAGGACAGGCUGAACAAGUUGAAGAACUCGAUCCCCGUCUCGGCAAGGAAACCCAACUUCACUAACCUGGUGACCCCCAACUCCUCCGCCAAGGAGACGCAGGGAGAGUGGAGGUGAAGGGGAAGUCUCACGUUGGAGGUGGGCAGGACCGGGGAGAGGACGGAGAAAGGGAGGAUGGUUCUCGGUGGGAUGGGUGAACCUGCAGCCAAGUCCUGCCUGGUCUUGUAGCUUUCCACCCGAGCUCAUAAAACGGCUUUCUCUGACUCAUUUUCA